AUGUCUAAUCAACAUACUGCAGUAGAUCAUCAAAAUCAAAAUUUACAAUAUGCACUCCAAGCUACUUAUUCCUCUCCGGACAACACAUCUUUCACACAUUCACAAGUCCUGCACAUUUCUAGAAAGCAGACAACUGAAAUAAGCGUAGAAUUUCUUCGCACACUAAAAAAAGCAGUUGGUGCCAUGCAAGACCAAAUCAACGAGCAGCUUUCGUCACUAAUGGAUGAGGAUAGAUCUCGUGGAAACAACACGAGUGCCCAAGAUGAGGACGUUACACUGGAAGAAACACCAUUUGGAGAAAAAGACAAAAAUAAAAGGAUAGAAAAACCUAACUGA